AUGGGACUGAUGGAUACUCAUCACGAAUCCCUAAAACUCUCCUUUCAAGACGCAAACUGGACGUGUGAAACAUCGGAUGAGAUCACUCUGCGCGAGACUACUAGUACUUCCAGCAAGGUCACAUGGGAGUACGGUCUCGACAUUUCCUUUGGCACAAAAAUUGAUUCUCCUAUCGAGGGGGUUACAAAUGUGGAUUAUUCCUUUGAAGUUGUCCGUCCUGGUUUGUUAUCCAGAAAAGGAUACGGAAUUUAUGGCAAACCAGAAGCGGUUCACAUUUAUACGGGCACCAUCACCUUUGCAGACCCAACGCAACCCCACAUCGAGUAUGAUAUGAAUUCUUUUACGUUUCUGCUGGAUGAGGGCCAACCUGAAGGGGUGACUGUCGAGGACCAUGGCAGGGCGAUUGCAAUUCAUGCUGGUGGUCAUCCGACCCUUUCCAACCGCAAUAUUGCCUUCAAGCUUACUGAAGAGAUGGAAUUGGCUGCUGAGGCACAACAAGUGUCUUUGGCAUAA